AGUUGCCGGUGGCAGGAGCAGCCGGGGCCAGGUCGGAGGGAGAAGGGCCAGAGAGGGGGUGCCUGCGCGGAGCCGAGCCGCAGCCAUGCGUGAGAUCGUGCACAUCCAAGCCGGCCAAUGCGGGAACCAAAUCGGAGCUAAGUUCUGGGAGGUCAUCAGCGACGAGCACGGCAUCGACCCCACCGGCAGCUACCACGGAGACAGCGAUCUGCAGCUGGAGAGGAUCAACGUCUACUACAAUGAAGCAACUGGUAACAAGUACGUUCCUCGUGCCAUCCUUGUUGACCUGGAACCUGGCACAAUGGACUCAGUCAGGUCUGGACCUUUUGGCCAGAUCUUUCGUCCGGACAACUUUGUCUUUGGCCAGAGUGGUGCUGGAAACAACUGGGCCAAGGGCCACUACACAGAGGGGGCAGAGCUGGUGGAUUCUGUGCUAGAUGUGGUAAGGAAGGAGUCAGAGAGCUGCGACUGCUUGCAGGGCUUCCAGCUGACCCACUCACUGGGCGGAGGCACCGGUUCAGGGAUGGGCACGCUCCUCAUCAGCAAGAUCAGGGAGGAGUAUCCUGACAGGAUCAUGAACACGUUCAGCGUCAUGCCCUCUCCUAAGGUCUCGGACACAGUGGUGGAGCCAUACAAUGCCACCCUCUCCGUCCACCAACUGGUGGAGAACACGGAUGAAACCUACUGUAUUGACAAUGAGGCUCUGUACGACAUCUGCUUCCGCACUCUGAAACUCACAACGCCCACCUACGGGGACCUCAACCACUUGGUCUCUGCCACCAUGAGCGGAGUGACCACCUGUCUCCGGUUCCCGGGGCAGCUGAACGCCGACCUUCGCAAGCUGGCGGUCAACAUGGUGCCUUUCCCCCGCCUGCACUUCUUCAUGCCCGGCUUUGCUCCGCUGACCAGCCGCGGCAGCCAGCAGUACCGCGCCCUGACGGUGCCGGAGCUGACCCAGCAGAUGUUCGAUUCGAAAAACAUGAUGGCGGCCUGCGAUCCACGCCACGGGCGCUACCUGACGGUGGCGGCCAUCUUCCGGGGCAGGAUGUCCAUGAAGGAGGUGGACGAGCAGAUGCUGAAUGUGCAGAACAAGAACAGCAGCUACUUUGUCGAGUGGAUCCCCAACAACGUCAAGACGGCCGUGUGCGACAUUCCCCCGCGAGGCCUCAAAAUGUCUGCCACCUUCAUUGGCAACAGCACCGCCAUCCAGGAGCUCUUCAAGCGCAUCUCCGAGCAGUUCACGGCCAUGUUCCGGCGCAAGGCCUUCUUGCACUGGUACACCGGCGAGGGCAUGGACGAGAUGGAGUUCACGGAGGCCGAGAGCAACAUGAACGACCUGGUGUCCGAAUACCAGCAGUACCAAGAUGCCACGGCUGAUGAGCAGGGGGAGUUCGAGGAGGAAGGCGAGGAGGACGAGGCGUAGGGCUUAGGGAGCGGUUAGCACAGUGAGGCAAGUCCUGGGGUGAGGUCUGUUUGGCCGUCCUGAUGCAUGCUUUUUCAGUUAAACUUGGUGCUUUUUACUGUUGCCUCUGUCAGCAGUUUUGUUACUUCACUCUUUAUGUAACAGUAGUUGCAAAAGACUUCUUUAGAAGUCUUCUGUUAAAUGUCUGAUCUCAAACAUAAAAGGCAUUUGUGAUUCA